AUGAUGCGACUGAUUUGCACCGUUUAUCUCGCCGUGUCGGACGACCUGACAGUGCCAUUGGAAGAAGCCUGCGAUGCUGGAGACCAGGAGUGUGCCUUGUCCUUUCGGCAGCUGCGUGGUCAGCAGGCAGAGGUCGCGGUUUCUCGUCAUCGGUCCUUUCCCUUUGGCGAUGAGGAGGAUGACGAGGAGAUCGACGAGGGUGAUGAAGACGUUGAGGAGGAGAUCAGCAAGGUGAAUGAGACAGCCCUCCAAGACAAGAGAGAGUCAGAGGAGGGUGGCACGUGCUGCUACAGUGGCGAGAACAGCAAGGACCUGUGUGGCACCUGCUACCCCAUGUCCAUGGCACCCUACACGAGCAAAUGCUCCAAGAAGGACAACUGCAUGGGCUGCGGUGGCACCUGGUGUCAGAGCAAGUGUGUCAUCGGCGCUGCUGACCCCUUUCGCAAGUGCCAGACGGCCUACCCCACGGGCGUGUCCAAGGACCCAGCGUGCAGCAAAGAUAAGGCCGGAUGCACCGGUUGUAAUGGUGAAUGGUGCCGUGCAGGCUACAACUCGCACUUUGUGAUGGGAGAGAACUCGCAUGGCCGCGAAGUGCCCGAGUACGUGGCCGGAGAGGAAUUCGAUGGCAUUUGCUGCUACCGUGGGGAAGAAAAGAACGACACCCGGCACCUGCGCGGACAUCGCCAAAGACACGACCUGCUCAGUCAAGAGCCGCUGCAGUGGCUGCGGUGGCACCUGGUGAAGGCCUUUAAGGACCCAGAGGAUCCAUGCAAAUCUGCCGAGCCCAUUACUGGCAUUGCGGAGCGUUGGGAUUUCUGCGCCCUCAACGAGAAGCACUGCAGCAACUGCAAAGGUGCCCGGUAUAAGCCAGGCGUGAAGUAUGAGCCAAUCAGCGACCAGCGACUCACAGCGGAGAACCACACGGCCACACAGGAAGCCGAAGAGGAAGUGGCCAACGACGAUAGCCUGGACGACCUCUUCCCCGAUGGCCUGGCGGACACCGCCAUCCACGACCUGCCAGUGGACCCUGCGCAGUCCACGGCCCCGCUGGGCCCGGAGAGCCCUGGCGAGGACGAGGACUCUGAGGACUCCCAGGAGCUGCCCGUGGCGUAGGAGGAUCAAGGCAUCAUGACUCUCGAGUCCAUUUGAGGAAUGCCCAAAUUUUUGAUGGCCGUGUUGUGCUGCCACAAACUGGCAUCGCAAUGGCAUCGCAUUUUGUGGACCAAUGCAUGCACGAAAAAA